CUUCUGCGAGGCGCGUCUCCGCGGGGGCGGGGUCGGCGCGCCGGUGCCGGGAGCGCAGCGAUGGCGGCGGCGGAGCUGGAGCGGCUGCGGAUGGCGGGGGCCGGCAUGGCCAUCGCCGUCCUCACCAGCGGCGGCGACGCGCAAGGGAUGAACGCCGCUGUCCGCGCCGUCACCCGCAUGGGGAUAUACGUGGGAGCCAAGGUCUUCCUCAUCUAUGAGGGCUAUGAGGGGCUGGUGGAGGGGGGAGACAACAUCAAGCAAGCCAACUGGCUCAGCGUCUCCAACAUCAUCCAGCUGGGUGGGACGGUGAUUGGCAGCGCCCGCUGCAAAGCCUUCACCACCCGCGCGGGCCGGCUGCGGGCUGCCCGUAACCUGGUGGAGCACGGCAUCACCAACCUCUGUGUCAUCGGUGGGGAUGGCAGCCUGACGGGUGCCGAUAUCUUCCGCUCUGAGUGGGGCGGGCUGUUGGAGGAGCUGGUCUGGGAUGGGCAGAUCAGCAAGGAGGUGGCACAGGAGAACUGCCGCCUAAACAUCGUGGGGCUGGUGGGUUCCAUCGACAAUGACUUCUGUGGCACCGACAUGACCAUCGGCACCGACUCGGCGCUGCACCGUAUAAUGGAGGUGAUUGAUGCCAUCACCACCACGGCCCAGAGCCACCAGCGGACGUUCGUGCUGGAGGUGAUGGGCCGCCACUGCGGGUACCUGGCGUUGGUGUCCGGCUUGGCCUCAGGCGCUGACUGGCUGUUCAUCCCCGAAUCCCCUCCAGAAGAUGGUUGGGAGGACCUCAUGUGCGAGAGGCUCGGGGAGACACGCAGCAGAGGAUCACGGCUCAACAUCAUCAUCAUUGCCGAGGGCGCCAUCGACCGCAGCGGCAAACCCAUCUCCUCCAACUAUGUGAAGGACCUGGUGGUGCAACGCCUGGGCUUCGACACACGGGUCACCGUCCUCGGCCAUGUGCAGCGUGGAGGGACCCCAUCAGCCUUUGACCGCGUGCUGAGCAGCAAGAUGGGGAUGGAAGCAGUGAUGGCACUGCUGGAGGCCACGCCAGACACGCCUGCCUGCGUGGUGAGCCUCUCUGGGAACCAGUCAGUGCGGCUGCCGCUCAUGGAGUGCGUUCAGGUGCAUUAUGGUGCUGCAUCUUUGCCCCACCCCGCAAAGACAAAGGAUGUGCAGAAGGCUAUGGAUGAGAAGAGGUUUGAGGAGGCCAUCCAGCUUCGCGGGAGGAGCUUUGAGAAUAACUGGAACAUCUAUAAGCUGUUGGCACACCAGAAGCCAGCGCAGGAGAAGAGCCCCUUCAGCCUGGCCAUCCUGAACGUGGGCGCCCCCGCCGCUGGCAUGAACGCCGCUGUCAGGUCAGCCGUUCGGAUCGGCAUCUGCCAGGGACACACCGUCUAUGUGGUGAGCGACGGCUUCGAGGGCUUGUCCAAGGGGCAGAUCCGCGAAGUGGGCUGGCACGACGUGGCGGGCUGGCUGGGACGCGGUGGGUCCAUGCUGGGCACAAAGCGGACGCUGCCCAAGACGUGCAUGGAAAAGAUUGUGGAGAACGUGCGGAAAUUCAACAUCCAGGCACUGCUGGUCAUCGGGGGGUUUGAGGCAUACGAGGGGGUACUGCAGCUGGUGGAGGCCCGUGGGCAGUACGAAGAGCUCUGCAUCAUCAUGUGCGUUAUCCCUGCCACCAUCAGCAACAACGUCCCCGGGACUGACUUCAGCCUGGGCUCAGACACGGCCGUCAACGCGGCUAUGGAGAGUUGUGACCGCAUCAAGCAGUCGGCCUCAGGCACCAAGCGCCGUGUCUUCAUCGUGGAGACAAUGGGGGGCUACUGUGGAUACCUCUCGACCGUCACUGGCAUUGCAGUGGGCGCCGAUGCUGCCUACGUCUAUGAAGAUCCCUUCACCAUCCACGACUUGAAGGCCAACGUGGAGCACUUGACUGACAAAAUGAAGACAGAUAUCCAGAGAGGGCUGGUGCUGCGCAAUGAGAAGUGCCACGAGCACUACACCACUGAAUUCCUCUACAACCUCUACUCCUCUGAAGGCAAAGGCAUCUUUGACUGCAGGAUUAAUGUCCUGGGCCACCUCCAGCAGGGUGGAGCCCCAACCCCCUUUGACCGCAACUAUGGGACCAAGCUGGGAGUGAAGGCAGUGCUGUGGAUGUCAGAGAAGCUGCAGGAGGUCUACCGCAAAGGGCGUGUGUUUGCCAACUCGGGCGACUCUGCCUGUGUGAUUGGGCUCAGGAAGAAGGUGGUGGCCUUCAGCCCUGUGACAGAGCUCAAGAAAGUCACUGAUUUCGACUUGAGAGCCGUGUACCCGCCUGCACAGGCACCGGCUGCCCCAGGAGCAGUGGUGGCUGAACCUGCGGCUGAUGCUGAAGAUGCUCGCCAACUACCAGAUCAGCCUGACCGAGUACAUCUCGGGGACAAUGGAGCAUGUCACCCGCCGCACACUCAGCAUCGAGAAGGGCUUCUAGUCCCACCAGCCUGAGCCGUAGCUCCCCUCCGCAUCCUCUCCAUCCCCACUUGCUGCUCAGGGAGCACCGGGUCCCCCGUGUUCUCAGAAGCCCUGUAGCUUUGCCACUGACCCCUUAAAGCAGACAGAGACUGGUCCUGGCUCCCAAAACAGCACAAUCUUGCCUGGAAUCACAGGGUCCAGGGUCUGGUCCCUGUGCAGAUGCAGAAAAGAGGUGUGUUCAGCUGCACAGCCCAAACCCUUAAUCAUCCCAUAAUAGUUUAUUCCUCUUAUUUAAUGAUGGGGUAUCUUGAUUCCUUACUUAGUGGCUUGACCACCUGAGCCAACUGCUGCUUUUAGUUGCCUGCCCUGUGUGCAGGAGGGGAGCUGAGGAGGAUGUGGUGCCAUCCUGGAGUGGGUAGGGGCUGGUCGUAGGGGCUGGUCCUGGGGGCUUUCAGCUGCCGCAUGAGCCCCAGUAAAGCUCCAGCCUCCUCUGGCAUUUGCGUGGUGAGGUGUCUCCAGGGCUCAGCACAGAGCACCGGUCCUGGCAAGCCCCUCUUCCCUGGCCACCUAGCAUGAUGCUUGGCUGCGACAGUUACCGUGCGGCCCCAGGGGCCGUGCCCGUCAUCUCACCGCUGCUCUGUGACGCCCCCAAAUCUUGUACUGUUCGCAGUGCUGCUCUCCUCUAGAGAUAAAACCUGCUGGAACCAA